AUGUCUGCAUUGGCCCCGAUUCAUAAAGCAUGGCCUAUAUACCUCAUUUUAUCGGCCGUUUACAAGAAGCUACCUAAGAGGUAUAUAAAACUCGUUAAAAGGCUCUACGGAACGAGUUUUAUUAGCGAUUAUUCCAACACUUACUACACCCUCCUUAGAGGUUUAGACAGCGCCUCUUCUACAUCAGCAAAUGCUGCCAAUGUUUCGCAAAAUCCUUUUGCUUCAUCUGGUUCAGCUGUUACUUUUACUUUCUCUUCCUCAACAAAGCCUUUUGCUUCGUCCAAGGACGCUCCCACUGGCUCGACGCUGUUUUCUUCGUCUAAGAAUGCUGUGGUGGAUCAGGGUUUCUUGCCUCACUACUCCGUGACGUCGCCGGCCAACUAUAUAGCUAUGAAGAGUUACGUUGAUGGAGAGUCGCUGCAGACUUUCAUUCCCGCCACCAAUCUGAGAAGGGAAUACUUGAAUGGGGUGAAGGACCUUUGGGUACGAUUGCAGCGGGGAAAGAAUGUCGCCCCUCCUCAACUAGUUCCCAUCUCCAAGGAGGACGAUACCGUUGAAACUGAGGAUGGUGCCCCCCGCGUGGGACAAAGAUUUUGCAACGCCUCCCUGAUGUGGCGGUCGCUCAAUGCUCCCUCUGAAUUUCAGCUCAAACUUGUGUACGUCAAUGCACUCGACAUCCCACAAGCGUUGAUGACCAUCUUGGAAGAGUUCGCCAAGAAGUUUCCUAAUGAUCAUCUGACGAUACUGUUGACGAUCACCGCUUGUUUCCUGUACAAAGACAUUAUUAACAGCAAGGAUAUGAAGCUUGAGCGAUAUCACCAAGUUGCCAAAGGGGCAAAGAAAACAUAUACUCAAGUGCCCUUGGCGAGUUUGGCUGCAUACAUUCUAUACCUACGUCUACUACGUCUACUACGUCUACUAUAG